AUGCCCCCAGGAACGUACACUAUGCACACGCUUGACAUUCCAGAUGUGUCCGUGCACAAAGUCACUCCUGCAAGUCCCAUUGUGUACGACAUCGUGCCACCGCCAGUCCAUGGCACAGUCCAAGCGUACUUUGUCCAGCUGCGAGCGUCGACUCGCGACGGCAGCGACUCCAUCGUCAGCGAGGCGUCUGACGUCCUUCGUGUGAUUGAAUCCGACAUGGACGUACAUGACGUUGUGUUUGCCGCCCAACGCUCAGGCUUUCGAGCGCUUCUUUGCUUGAUCCAGCAAUACCCGCAGCACGUCAACGUCGCGUCAUAUGCCACCGCGGCCAUCGUGCGCAUCAUGGAAAAGCGCCGCCAGUCAGAAGACUCGCCAGCUCACGACGACAAGUGGAGUGCCUCCUCCGACGAUAGCGACGACGAUGUUUGCGACCACAACGCAAUGCACAGCUCCGAGAUCGUAUCCGAUUUGGUCGACAUCGUGCUCAAGCGCAUGGAAACGUUUGCAAGCGACGUCAACAUGCAGCAAUGGGGCACCCGAGCUGCCAGUUGCAUCCUCAUGCACGAACUCAACAAGCCCGCCGAGACACUUUUGCAAGGAGUGGUGGCAACUACAUACACGUACGUACAUUUGGUUCUUCGCGCAAUGUCGAAGUUGUGCGCGAAUGCGUCGAUGGCCUUGUGGGGGGCCCAGGACCUGGCGAAUCUCUUUACCAAGCACCGACAGUUCGUCAGUGUCAUGGCGGAGCGAGGAGGCGUCGAAGUGUGUGCCGACGUCAUGCGCGCACAUGAAGACAACUUGCUUAUUCAGCGAUGGGGCGGCCAGGUCGUGCUCUUGUGUGUAUUCUGGGAUGCCCGAUUGCAAGAAGUGGCCAAAGGAGAAGGACUGCUGCAUCUCAGCACCCGCGUGCUGGACGAUAUCAGCGAUGAAUCUGAUGCUCGAAACAAUGCCUUGAUGGAUAUCUUGCUCUGCCUUCGACUCGUCAUGGAGAACGUGGGCAAGAUUCACGCAAAUAACUCAGAGUUGCUCGUGAGCCGCUACGACGAUGGCUCGUUCGCUUCGAUCAUCUCAACCGACGUCAUUCCAAACUCUCUCGGGGGCAAGAUUCGACAUCAAGCUGCCGUCACCAUUACUCGAUUCGUCCGCUAUAUUGUCUCGUCCAAACGGAUGGAGACUGGAGGCGGGGGCUCGCUCCUCGCCGUCCUCCGACUUGCCCUCGCGCGUCGAUGCGAAGACGGCGACGACCAUAAAGCAGAAAACUCAUUUUGA